UUUCUCAGUACCUCAGGCAGUGCAGGAACAAACGCAUCACUCAACAGAUGAAAAGCAUCAAUCAUCUCACAUGUUGGUGUGCUGACUACAUGGAGACAGCAGAGUGUUUGAAGCCACUGGUAGCAGGUUGCAAGAACGUCUCUUUUUCGGCUGAUUCUCAGAGUUGCCAAGGGCUAUGAAGCGCUCCUGGAAAACUGAGACCUCUGCUGAGUGUUACGGAAAUGCUGCAGGUGAUGCUCUUAGCACAAAAGAGGAAGAACAGAAAGGUUAGGAACUGAACUGUCAUGAGCGGUGCAUGUCUCAAGACUCAGAGCCUGUAAACCAAGAUUAGAGGUACUUUUAAGUCAUGCUGUAAUUCUUCCAAGCAGUCCACUUCCACGUCCUUGGGACUGAGUUCCUUUGCUCAGAGAUGCUGCUGACGAGGGUAGGAUCCAAGUUUCAGCUCAGAUUCUGAGCUCCAAGACAGCUUCAAAGCUUAGGCUGAGUGACUGCUAGAAGGAGAACCAAGCUCUUUAUUGUAAACAGUCAAUAAGGCCGAGUUUCGGGAUGAGUUUAAUCCCAAGUACUAGCGAAACAAGACAUCCCUCUUUGCACAUCCAUUCCCCACCCAGUGCACCAGUAAUACUUGUCUGCCCUGCCAGAUCAUGCAAAACACGAAAUUUUGUAGUACUCUCAGCUGCAAUAAUGAUGGGGUCAUAGAUAUUCUGAACACCAACAAGAUUGGGAAGAGGCUACUUAGUAGGUGAGUAUUUCAUCACAAACAGCUUUUCAUCAGAAGAAGUUCUGUUCAACUUCUGUUGAACUGUUGCUAACCAAAUAAUUUAUUUUCUUUCAGAAAAAUGAGUUGCAAAAUCCCACCCAAGAGAUGCAAGAACUUCUUAAGAUAACUGUGAACUCUUAGCUGUGCAGGGAGAAGCUGAAUUGCUCAAAGCAUAAGCAGUUCCUGAUGAGUGCCCUCAAGCAUAAAAAACAGUGAAUAUCUAUGCUUUUGUAAGAGUGAAAAGGUCCUUGCAGGCAGGCUGGAUGAGUGCAUAGCCUAGUAUGCUGUUCAGCUGAGUUUCCAGAAGACAUCAGUUUCCCAGUAGACAGUAUAAGAUUUUAGCAGCUUGUUUGGAAAGAACAUCCCACUCUAAGCUGUAGAUCUAUGGCUGCUACUCUUACUACUAAGAGAAUGCACUUGUUAGCUGGGCUUUGAACAGAUCUUUUUGACUGCACUGCCUAGUCUGACUCAGUGAUGCACUGAAAAAUGAUUCUUCAAAUGUGAACCAUUAUUUCAAUGUUGUGAUUUUUCAGAAUUCUGAUCCACUUCACCAAGAAAGUAUCUCAGGCAACAACUGAUGUACUGCUUGAUAUUGCAAAGAAAGUAACAGCUGUCAGUGCUAAGUGCUGUCAGCUGCCUGAGGAGGGACACAUACCUUAUUCUGACGCAGAGGUUUGCUACAUUCACCAGAAAAGACUUAUUGCAGAUACAGUAUUCAUUGUAAAUAGGCAGCCUGCCAUCGUAGCAGCAGCACAUAUUUUGAAGGAGACCUAGAAAGGAUUUAACCAUCCUGUUGAGCAUGGAAAAGGAGAGUGGAAGAAUUAAAGGUACAGAUUUUUAAACCCAGCAGCCAAGUAGAGCUUUCUGAAAUAUUUAGGACAACGUGUUACACAUACAUAAUCUCUGAAAAAUGCUUUUCUGGGUCACAGGAGACCCUGCUAUAAAAAGUCUCUGGCCUCAGUAUCUCAGUUGUUUCUGCAAUUCUUCCUCGAAUAAAUAAUCCCACUUUUUUCUUAUAGCUUAUAGUAACAACAUUGUGUUAGGGUAUGAAAAUGAAAAUGAGAGGAUUUGCCUUAACCUUUCCCUGCUACACGUGGAAAACCUGAUGCAGGCACUCCCUAGACAGACAAUGCUGCCCCAAAGAGACCCCAGGUUGCUUAACAUCCCCACAGGGGCUCUGGUCCAGCUGCUCACAGCCCCCUCAAUCUCUGCUGGCCCUUGGCCAGCUGCACGCAGGAGGCUCCCAAAUCUGAGAACCCGGAGGGAUCUGCAGCUAGCAAAAAUGAAAUAAUGCUAAGUCAUUAGCGCGUGGGAUAGUCCACUUUUUGGUAAAUAUAUCUGCUGGAUGAGAAAACUUUUCUGUGCUCUGCUCCCAUGGGCUUAAAUGAGGAGGACGUAUUUAGAAAUAUGGACAAUAACCUCCAUAUCAGAGACACCUUUCUUUCACUCAGAUAACCCUAUUUCCUACAGGGCUUUUUAGUUAAGUGUGUAACAGAGUUUGUUUGUGUCUUCCUAGACAGAUGUGAUUUCACCUUAGAUUUCAGGUCCUCUGCUCUAACAAAUAUUCUCCCAGCUUCACUCAGAAUCCUUUUUCCUUUUGAUAGCAUCUCAUGGGAUAAUGAAUGACCUUCAACAUUUUCUUUCAGCACGGAACAAGGAAUUCUUCUAGGCAGAAAGCUCUGUCUUUGCCCCUUCCUUCACAUUUAAGAUACAUAUCCUUGCCUACCUACCUCUUUGCUGCAAACAUCGGUGGCUCUUUGAAGCCACUCCAUUGCCUAAAAUUUGCCAUUUCUAUAGUGCUGAUGACCAGAAUAUACUUUCUUAAAAGUCACUACAAUGACUUGAAUUAUUAACUUGAAUAUUGCUUUGAUUUUUUCCCUUCAUUCUACUGUCUUUAUUUUCUUUCCAAAUUGCAGAAACAUUUUGAGGCUGUUAAUGCUGCGAAUAUAUUGUAUAGGGUACUUAGGCAGCUUUUCCGCUAGGACGUCUCUGCAACUGGGAUCAAGAGCUAGCUUGUUCAGCAAGGAGGGAAGCAAAAAUCUUGGGUUAGCAUCUGAACCCGGGAUCUUUCAGUCAACAGUGUGUUACCAAGGCUCCUCCUACACAGGAUUCACCUUUGAACAAAUUUGGAAGUAAAAGAGAUCUAUAUGCAUGAUAAAGAGCACAAAGAAUGUUUAACUUCUUGUUUGAAGUGUGAUAAGUUGAAAAUGUCUAUCUGUCUAAAUUUCGUGAAAAAAAGAAUCUACAAGGUCCUUUUUUUGCAGCAAGCUGGUCAGUUCACCGUACUGAGCAAAUAACAACAUGUUUAACGAUUGUGGGAAUAUUCCAAAGGGUCUAAUCUUAUAUAUGACAGCAAAGGGGUUCUGAUUAACCAAAAACUGCUUAGGAGAGUAUAAAAGAAACUCUUUCCUCUUAAGUGUUUCUGCCUUUAACGGACAAGCCAAGGUCAGCUCAGGCCCCUGCCAAAAUCUGACAUUAUGAAUUGGAAAACAAUCAUUUAUUUUAUUUUGUUAGUAAGCUUUUCUGUAGCCAAAGCCCUGCCCAGAAGUUAUCGGGAUGUAGAGGCAAAACUCACCAUUGGCCAACGCUUUUCUCAGCUGCAGGAGAAUAAUUUUAAAGCCAUUGCCAUGAUCAUGUUUGCUCAGUAUGUGCAAGAGAGCACUUUUAGCAAAGCAGUUAAAAUGGCUGAAGAUGUCACAGACCUUGCCAAAAGGUGUGCUGCUGCAGGCAAAGACAACCAUGAUUGCCUGAAGCCCUUGGACAAGAUUUUCCUUGAUACUAUAUGUGAGGAGGAAAAUCUUCCCAGGUUUACUGACUGCUGUGCUAAAAAAGGCUCUGAAAGAAAUGAGUGCUUCCUCUCCCAUAAAAACUCAACGAGAGGAUUCAUUUCUCCUCUUGAAAGGCCGAAUGCUGAAGCUGCCUGCAAAAAUUAUUCACAGCAUCAACAAUCAUUAACAGGAUAUUUUAUCUAUGAGGUUUCCCGAAGGCAUCCUUUCCUCUACGCCCCAACAAUCCUUUCUGUUGCUAUCCAUUACGAUGAGAUGAUGAGAAACUGUUGCAGAAGUGCUGACGACCCCACUCACAACCUGGACGAAUGCUUUCGGAGACAGGCACCAAAGGUGAUGAAGCCAAUAAAAGAAGAUGGCCUGAAGCAGGAGCACACAUGUGGAAUCUUAAAGAAAUUUGGAGAAAGAACUGUAAAGGCUCUGAAACUUGCUCAGAUAAGCCAAAAAUUCCCUAAGGCUGAUUUUGCUACCAUUAGCAAGCUUGUAAUGGAUGUUGCUAACAUACACAAGGACUGCUGUCGUGGAGACAUGCUGGAUUGUAUGCACCAUAAGGAAGAGAUUCUAACCUUUGUCUGCACCAACCAAGAGAGCAUAUCAAGCAAAAUUAAGAACUGCUGUGAAAAGCCGCUCUUAGAACGAAGUGAAUGUAUAAUUAACGCAGAAAAUGACGACAAACCUGCAGAUCUGUCCCCCCACAUCAGAGAGUUUAUAGAAGACAAAGGAGUAUGUGAACGCUUUUCUCAGGAAAAAGAUACCCAUUUAGCCAGGUUUCUCUAUGAAUAUUCCAGAAGACAUCCUGAGUUUUCUGCUCAAAUGCUUUUAAGAAUUGGUAAAGGAUAUGAGGACUUACUGGAAAAGUGCUGCAAAACCAGUUCUCCAGAUGACUGCUGCAGGAGAGGGGAAGAAGAACUGAAGAAACACAUUCAUGAAACUGAAAGUGUGAUGAAGACAAGUUGUGACAUCUACAAGGAGAAAGGAGAUUACUAUUUCCAAAACGAGCUUCUCAUGAGCUUCACCAAGAAGAUGCCUCAGCUAACGUCUGCAGAGCUGAUAAAAUUCACCAAGCAAAUGACUACAAUCGGCUCCAAAUGCUGCCAGUUAAGCCAAGACAAGCUAUUGCCUUGUGCUGAGGAAAACAAUGCUCAUCAACCUCAUCAAAUACAAGCCCCACAUCACACACGAGCAGCUGACUUCUGUCACUGCAGCUUUCACUGCCAUGAGGGAGCAGUGCUGCAAAGAAGAAAACCGCGAGGCAUGUUUUGUGAAAGAGGGUCCAGAACUUAUAAAAAGAAGUGAAAAAAUGUUGUCAGCAUAAAGCACUUACAUAACAUACUGGAAGGUAUUUGCUGAAUGAUAUGAAGUCACACAAUUUUAACAGUGAGAAUACCUUUUCUGAAUAUUCAUGAAGUAUAAAUAGGAACAUAUGAAUUGCAACAGUAGAGAACACUACAUUUUUGCUCUUUACUUGUUGCAAAUACACAUCUACAUGACAAUUUACACCAGCUAUAGUUCUGUCACUGACCUUCUGCUACGACCAAGGUAAAGGAGCUGCCUCAGAAAAAAACCUAUCUAAUUCCCACCAAAAUUCUCCUAAGCUGUGGAGCUGUAAAACUGCUCUACAAGCUGAAAUGAAAAUUAGGUACGUGUCUCAACAUAAUUCAGGUGUGGGGGGAAACCCGCAUGCAAACUUCAUAUCUGGCUCAUAUCAAUUUGAUUCAAAAUAAUUAAGGAUACUUAAAAGUUAAACUGAAACAAGGAACUUAAUCCCAAUUUGGUGUGUCCAGGCACAUUUUGUCCUGCUUUAAAUAAAUCCACUGAAAAAAUAAAUUACAUAGAUAUGGCCAUCAGCAUAUGGGAAGGAUUAUUAUUCUUCUUGUACACAAGAGAGAAUAACAACAACAAAACAAAAAAAGUCUUUCAAUCUUAAGCGUAUCAAGUAUAAAUACAAAUGCCAUUAAGAACAUCUGCCUUUGACCACUUCCAAAUCGUUUUUGAAUUAUCAAGUGAUUAUUUUUGCAUUUUUAUAGCACUGUCCUUGAAACAUAGCACAUUCAUUCACUAACACGGGCUGCUGUAGCAGCCUAAGGGCUGUUAUAAAGGUGAGCAGAAGCGAGCACAGAAGAUUAUCUUGGGCACCCUGAACAGGACUAUGAAGAAAAUAGAUUAGCCCAAUGUCACAGGAAGGACAGAAUAUGAAACACUCGAACUCUUGGUCAGCAGGCAAAUGUUUAGAGAAAGCGCUGGAAAGCCGCCAAAUUUACACUAGAGGUGAUUUGACAUGCAAACACCAUUUAGAGUUUCUACUUACUUUCUACUUAUAUUAAAAGAAACUAGAAGGCAUAUGUUAAAAACCAAAUACUGAAAACUGAUAUUUAAAAGAAAUAUACCUUCAAGCCAAAGGUUUUCAGAGAAAUAGGUAGAUACCCAGAUAUCAGAUUCUGUAAGUAGCUGUACCUAGAUGUAGUCAUCCUAUAUUUGGAGUCUGGCAUUUAAAAGCAUACAUAAGAGAAGGAAAAACUGCACAUACAAAUCUCAUAUAGCAUGCAAACCUGGUCGAAGUCUUACUACCAAAGAGAAGUGUUUAAAGUCAAAUUGAAGAGGCUGGCCAAAUGGAGUCCCAUUGGACUCUAUCCUGCAUCUAUUGCUAGGCCAUAUUUUCAUUAGCUACAGCAGUAACAAAAUGAAAACACGUUCAUUAAAUUUGCUGCUAGCAGCCAGCUGGAGCAAGGCUGUUGCAAAUUUAUUUGCAACAUUUUUAAUGUCAAAGCCAUCUUGGCACAUUACAGAAAUAGCCUCGAAAAACCUAUGUACAUUAUACGAGGACAAACUUAACAUAUAACAUUGGUAUGAUGAAGCAGCUGCAGAAUUAUAGUACAGGAAAACUACUCAUUAGGGACUUGUGUGGAUAACAAUGCAGUUGCAACAGAUCACAAGCUGACCAAGUCACCAGUGUUUUGCUGGUGUCAAAAGACUAACAUCUUGCUUGCCUGCUGGGGGGGUAUGAACUGGAGCAUGGCCUGUAGCACACACAGCAUCGUUAUUCCAUUUUCCCCACCACUGCAAAGACUUUGCUGGAGUAUUAAAAAAAAAAACUUUGGGUAUUUCACUUCUCGCAAAAAAUUCAGCUGAAAAGAGAGCAAGGGAUAACAGUCAAGGAUUCAGGAAAAAAAGAAAAAGAAAGAAAAGGAAAGAUGAAAUAGAUUAGGGCUGCUUGGCUUAAGGAAGAGGUGCUGCAUGAACAUGCAAAUCUUGAUAUACACAAAAGGCCAAUCCCGGGACAGAGAGGAGCCUGACCCUGUGCACAGUCAGGAGAACAAAGCCCGAGGAUCAGCAGCCUGGGAAAAGCGAGGAGCCUCCAUCACUGUGGAGCUCUCAAAGAGAUAAACA